AUGGAAAAUCAUAAUAAUGUCACAGAAUUUGUUUUUAUGGGACUGUGGGGAAAUAGGCAAAUAGAACUACUGUUCUUUUUCUUAUUCCUGCUUUGUUACCUGGCUGUCUUGAUGGGGAACUGCAUCAUUUUCCUCACAAUCACCUGCAGCCAUCUAAUCGAACAGCCAAUGUACUAUUUUCUGUGCCACCUUUCCCUCAUGGACGUCUGCUACACCUCUACUGUGGUCCCCCGGCUAAUCAGGGACUUAGCUGCAGUACGAAAACACAUUUCCUACAACGACUGCAUGACCCAGCUCUUCACUGCCCACUUGCUGGCUGGUGUGGAAAUCUUCAUCUUGGUGUCUAUGGCCUUAGACCGCUAUGUUGCCAUUGUCAAGCCCUUGCACUACAUGAUCAUCAUGAACCGGAAGAGGUGCAACAUGCUGCUUGCCAUGGCUUGGGUUGUGGGGUUUUGGCACUCUAUUGCCCUACUGCUCAUGGUGCUCAGUUUACCUUUCUGUGGUCCUAAUCAGAUAAAUCAUUACUUGUGCGAUGUAAAGCCUCUCUUGAAAUUGGUCUGCAAAGAUAUUCACGUUGUUAGUAUCUUAGUGAUUGCUAAUUCAGGGAUGGUGGUAGUUGUCAUUUUUCUGGUUUUAGUAGCUUCUUAUGUUCUCAUUUUAUAUAAUCUUAGGACAAGGUCCUCCGCAGGGCGUCGCAAAGCUCUGUCAACCUGUAGCUCUCACAUAAUGGUUGUAGUUUUAUUUUUUGUGCCCUGCAUCUAUACCUAUGUACUACCUGCAGGUAGUGAGAACAAGGACAAGGAAAUCUCUGUGUUUUACACUGUGAUUGCUCCCAUGCUAAAUCCUCUCAUCUACACCCUGAGAAAUACGGAGAUGAAACUUGCCAUGCGGAAGGUAUGGUCUCGAUUGUCAAAUUCAGAAUUAAAGUAG